AUGGAAUUGAGGAGAAAGUUAUGCAUUGCGGUGGCAGUUUUCGUAAUCAUGAUCGAAUUAGUUUCAUGCAAUUUCGUGUUUAAUGUACAAAACAAGUUCGCAGGGAAGAAGAAGAAGCUUGCUCAUUUCAAGUCUCACGAUACACGACGGCACUCUCGAAUGCUCGCAUCCGUUGAUCUCCCUCUCGGCGGAGACAGCCGCGUAGAUUCUGUCGGUUUAUACUUCACUAAAAUCAAGAUCGGGUCGCCACCAAAAGAAUAUCAUGUUCAAGUCGAUACAGGAAGUGAUAUACUGUGGAUCAACUGCUCUCCGUGCCCAAAAUGUCCCUCCAAAACUAACUUGGGUUUUAGUUUAUCAUCGUAUGACGCGAAGGCUUCUUCGACAUCUAAGAAGGUUGGAUGUGAAGAUGAUUUUUGUUCUUUCAUAUCGAACUCAGAUACUUGUCAACCUGAUAUCGGAUGUACUUAUCACAUUGUCUAUGCGGACGAAAGCACAAGUGAUGGGAACUUUAUAAGAGACAAAUUAACACUCGAACAAGUUACCGGAGAUCUUAAAACCGGACCACUUGGGCAGGAAGUGGUAUUCGGGUGUGGAAGCGAUCAAUCUGGACAACUUGGGAAAUCAGAUUCAGCGGUUGAUGGCGUUAUGGGAUUUGGACAAUCAAAUACCUCUGUACUAUCACAACUAGCUGCCACGGGGGACGCGAAAAGAGUAUUUUCGCAUUGCUUGGAUAACGUCAAAGGAGGUGGGAUUUUUGCUGUUGGUGCAGUAGAUUCUCCAAAAGUUAAAACAACCCCUAUGGUGCCUAAUCAGAUGCAUUACAAUGUUAUGUUGAUGGAAAUGGAUGUUGAUGGAGCUCCUCUCGACCUUCCACCAAGUAUUGUCAAGAAAGGAGGAACCAUUGUUGAUAGUGGUACAACUUUGGCUUACUUACCACAAACUCUUUACGAUUCUCUAAUAGAAACGAUCACUGCUCGUCAACCUGUAAAACUACACAUAGUAGAAGAAACCUUCCAAUGUUUCAGCUUCACUAAAGACAUCGAUCAGGCAUUCCCACCAGUAAAUUUUCAAUUUGAGGACUCUCUUAAACUUACCGUUUAUCCGCAUGAUUAUCUUUUCUCACUAGAGGAAGACAUGUAUUGCUUCGGUUGGCAAGCUGGUGGAAUGAAAACUGAGGAUAGAUCAGAAGUGAUACUCUUGGGAGAUAUGGUUCUCUCAAACAAGUUAGUAGUAUACGAUCUUGAAAACGAGGUGAUAGGAUGGACAGAUCAUAACUGUUCAUCAAGCAUCAAAGUAAAAGAUGGAUCAGGAGAAGUUUACUCGGUAGGAGCAGACAAUCUUUCAUCAGCUCCUCUGUUGAUCAUCGGAAAGCUUCUUACGGUUUUGUCAACAUUGAUCACAGUGGCUUUUACCUCAUUAGCAUAG